AUGGCGACAAACGGUACUCCAAGGCUCUUCUUGGAUGAUCAAGUGGGUCCGAAGAAUUCACUUCUCUACGACAUUCUCUGGCCAAGGGCCGAUCUACUCAAACGGAUCGAUUUCAAGCUUCUCUUCAAAGAUUAUCCCAGCGCCGGCCCGAUCCAGAUUGAGCGGGAGAAAUCGUUUCUUGCACGCGAAGCUAAGGCGGUUCGUCCCGCAGUCGUCGACUGGCGUAACCGAAACGGCGUCAAUUAUCUCUGUAGCAUCGUCAACCAAGAAUCCGGUAACUGUUGGGCCUUUGCUUCGACAGCAUGCCUGGAAAGUGGACCAUACGCCUGGGAGCUCGAUUGGUCUCUUAAGAGUGGAAUUGCCGACUAUGGCUGUGUUCCAUGGGUUCGUGACGGUAAAGAUUGGCGCCCAACAAGGGAUCGUUCGGGACGAACGACCAGGUUUGGUGCCUGGCACGACCUGCCACUUGAAGAUCAGAAGGACUGGUUGGACACCACGGGUCCUAUCGUAGCCCACAUUGUUGGAAACGACGCAUGGGGCUAUGGGAAGCCGGGUACUGAUGUCUUCCACGUACCAAAGGAUGCCCCGGCUCCGAAAUGGGGUCACGUCGUUCUCAUUGUAGGUUAUGAUGACAACCGCCAAUGCUGGAUCGUCCGCAACUCCUGGGGAACAGGCUGCGGCGAUAAAGGAUACAUAUAUCAUGGCUAUGGAGAGGCGGACAUUGAUAAGAACCAAAAGUUCGGCAUCCGUGGAGUGGACCCUGACCCUUGGAUCAAACGGAGGCUCCAAAAUGGAUGCUUCAUGCAGACAAGCAAGGGGGCACAACACAAGAACUUUGAACUCCUGACAGGCGGAGCCCGCAUCAAGCACUGGUCCCGAGAUGACACCACGCUCAAGUGGACAGUUCUGCCCAGCGAUCCUGGGAACAAGCUUCCGACCACCGGUAUCCCAGCCGUGAUCCAGACGACCUACGACCGCAACCCUUCAGCUGUCUAUUGGGAGGCCACCUCCAAUGCCAUCAAGCAUAUCAUCUACGACCAGAAGACGUCGAAGUGGUCGCUAGAUGGCUUUCCGGGCUUCAUUCAAAGCAACAUCAACAGCCCCGGAAGCCUCGAAGUAGUCGUUCGCGGCACGGAUGCUAGACUUCAUCACUGGCGCCGCGGCGGUCUGCGUGAUCCGCAGACCGGCUAUGAGGGCGAAGGAUGGCAAGAGCGCGCUGUCUUCGGUUGCGACUUCAAGAUGGGCGGGCCCUCGCUCGUGCAGGCGAACUACCCUUCAGAGCGCAACCCAAGAUACCCCACCGCAAACGAAAACUUCUACCUCGUCGCGCACUUCGGCUCCGGCGUCGGCGAAACGCCCGUCUGCAUGAUCCAGACCAACCACAACACCGACAGCGAGAAUGAUGUUGGUGACUUCCACGUCUGCGUCGCCGUCAACGGCCAAGUUCAGCACUGGGUCAGAGACAAUUCCGCGCUAGCGGAUGAGCGCCCUGUACCAGGACACCUGGACCCUGUGUACUACAAGGAGACGAGGAAGAUGAGAUGGCGCCUUGCGAAUACUUUCGGAGCUAAUGUGAAGAACGUGUGGGGGAUGGUGGAGAGCGCGUCCCAUUUCAAUAUCGAGAUUGUGGUGGAGAUGACGGAUGGGAAGAUCGGGCAUACGUAUUUGGACUGGCCUUCGUGGAAGUGGUGGGGUCCUUAUUCUACCGGUAUUGAUGCAUAUGCGAAGUAG